AUGCGACAAAGAUUGGAACAAAAACGAAAUGAGCAAGAACAAAUCGAGAAGAAUCAAGAAAUUAUAGCCGAGUCUCGUCGAUCAAAAGUAGCAAAAGUACCAUUACUGUCAGAUGAUGCAGGUGAACAGCGUUGUCCAGAAAAAGUUAUUUUGCUUGCCAAAGGGACAAAAAUACCUUGGAGCCAUAUAAGUCUAAAUCAUGGAGGAUUCAAAGCAGCUACAUUACAUGAAGCAGCAGCUAAACUCCAAGAUGAACAACACAUUGGUACGUUCAUAGUUUUUGUGCUAACCACAAAGUAUGACAUAAAAAGAUUAAAGCACUACUAACACUCCAUUAAAGACCAUCACCAUCUGAAUUAAUCCGAACAAACGUUCUGAUUGAAGCAGAAAACACGCCGAAGUUCACCAUAUGAAUAAGAGAAGAGGACGAAAAAAAUAUUUGUUAAACAAUCUAGAAAAAAAAAACAAGAGAACAUAUAUUUAACGAAAAAAUAUGAACUGUAUCUCCGGUUGACCUUAUUUCAAUCGAUCCUCCUCCUCCUUUUGUAUGUUCAAUUAUUCAAUCACUCAUCCAUAUAGUUGAGAAAGAAAGCGAGAAAAAAGGAUAGGAAAAAGCGAGCCUCCUAUAACAGAAUGAAAAGAAACCGAAUGAUACAACAUAUAUGUGCAAGUGAAGAGAAUAGAUACUAUAGAUAUUAUAUAAACAUAAAGAGAUGAUGCGAUUAUAUAAUUACUGAUAUAUCCUACGAACAUUAACAUAAUUCUGUAACAUCAUAUAUUCGUGCCAUCAUAUUACUAUUGGCACAGCAUUCAAAAGAGAGAGUAUAUAUAAGCCCAGAAGAGAAAGAGACACAAGACGACAGAGCAUAAAAAGAAAAAAAAGAAGAGUUGACUUGCACAUUGAAUUUGUCGUUCACAGAAGGGUAUCGAUAUCUUGCGACUAUAAAACGGUACACAGGGCACUACAAAAGUUUUUUUGACCCGAUUCUUCUGAAAGCCUUGAUUUGCAUUCAAACAUUCAGUUCUAAUGCAUAGACAUAACCAGACACAAUGUUAUUAGCUUACUUCUCUGCAGUCACCUUCUCGGAAAACCAUAAUACACUCUGUUUAUUCUAUGUAGGCCGACUAACAAAAGAAAAAACUCAAGGGGGAAACGGCGAAUUCCCGGGAUUCCGAAUCCCAAGGGAAUCCCAUGGGAAUCCUGGGAAUCUUGGAAAUCCUGGGAAUCCAAUGGGAAUCCAGGGAAUCCAGGGAAUCCCACGGGAAUCCUGGGAAUCCAGGGAAUCCCAUGGGAAUCCUGUGCCUAAGAGGCAUCAAUAGAUAAAGUAAUCAUCAAAAAUAAACAGGUCAAACAUACUAGUGAUGACAAUGAUGACGAAGAAGUUGACUCAGAACUUGGAGAAUUAGAACAAGACUCUCAAAAUACUCAGAUGGAUAUAGACGAGACUGAAAUAUUAGAAAGUCUUGAUAUGAGUGCUAAAUAAGCACUUGAAUCAUCUGGCUUGAUGAGUUCUUCAUGCACAACUUCCUCUACAACAUUAAACAAAAAUGAAUAAAAUUUAAAAUGGGGACGGGUAUACCGAAUUAUGUUCGUAUUAAUAUAAACUAAUGGGCGCGGAUUUUCCGAGUAUGUCUUACCUCUUCAUACAGGAUGGACUCUAUGCGCCGAAGAGGAGAAACAUGAAAACGAAUUUUCUAUAUCAUGGUCAAUAAUCCUGUUUUUAGAACGUAACUAGAUAAUUAUUUGCAUCAUACUGUAAUGGCUCAGAAAAUACAUACGAAAAUGAACAUAUACUUGAAUUAAGAACUUAUUGUUAUUUAAAAAAAAAAGAUAUAGUCUGAGAUUUUUUCUCAUUCUUUUUGACUUACGUUACCUUUUAGUUCACUCUCAUAAAGCAAUAAAUAGAUGAUACUUUCUUUAUAGAUAUAUUUGAUUUUGGAGUUUUUAAGAUGAUAACAUCUGAUGUUACCUCAGAAGAGGUACGAAAAAUAUUUAAAGGAAAUAAGGUACUCAUCAUUGGAGAUUCGAUCUGUAGAGGAAUCUACAAAGAUCUCUGUUGCUUAUUAAGCGGAAAAGACCGAUUAUUAAGUAUUGAUGAAUUACGUUUCAACAGACGUAUUAACAAUUUGCACAGUCAUUGUAUAUCUUAGGAGGACGAAACUUGUACAAGUUUGUACGGUUGAACUUACCCGGCGCACUUCCAUCAUUAUCUACCUUAAACCUUAGUCUUGAGAAAGCUGGUGCGUGCAUUGGUGAAGCCGAGUUUCGAUAUGAUGCACUUAAUCACCAUCAUAAUUCUUUAAACUAUCAGAUCGCCGUUUGUUCAGAGGACUCGACAGCACUCGUAAAUAGCGGCGGAUCCAGGAUUUUUCAGUAUGCUGGAUUUCACCUUCAGACUAUGGGACCAAGAUGAAAUUUAUAGAGGUAUGAUAUUGGAAUCAAAUGAUGAGUUUUUAUUAAAGGAUUUUUGUAAUGGGACUUUGCGAAAAAAUUAGCAUUUUCCUGAGCUCCCCCAAGAUUUUUCUUUCGCAGUUAGGGGUAUCUUGUUUUUUA